AUGCGACAGAAGGCUAAAGACUUGAUGGAGGGUCGACUGAAACCGUCGGACGUACCCGAUGAGGCUAUACAAAAACUACACAAGUUUGCCAAGUUGCCGGAGAUAAAACCCAUGAAAAGAGGCGGCUCUGCUACUACCACUAGGACCAGUAUGUCCAGUGUGGAGAAACUGGAUCUUAUCUUCUGAAGGACCUAGGCACUGUAGGAAAGCUACUCAACAUGGACAAAACCGACCCUCGAUUUGGAUCAGUGACAACCCUGCGGUUUAAGUUUCCUGGAAUGAAGAGAAAAAUGACAAUCUCAACUCGGAUUCGAACCCGUGUUCAUCAGGUUUGUGAUCAGCUGCGCCACACCGGCCAGCACGAUUUCUUAAACGAACCGUGGUCCCAGAUAUAACACACACACACACACACACACACGCAUACACGCACGCACACACACACGCACAC